AUGAAGCGAUCCUUUUACACCGAAUUUGACAAUGAUAUUUUUGAUUCCGUGAGCAACAACGAGUCAUCUAAUGCCAUAUAUCUCAAAAAUUAUGGUUCUCAUCUUGAUUGGAGAGUUUUUCAAGGACGAAAGGAAAUGAAGAGGUUUCUUAAAGGGAAAGGGUUAGUUCAUGGUAGCUCUAGCUCCCAACAUAAUGUAGAUGAAGUUAUCUCCAACAAUCCUAAAAGCACGUAUAGAAAUCCUAGGUGGCAUGAGGAGCACAAUGUUGUGCUAGCCAAGCUUCUAUAUGAGCAAUUCGUACAUGGAAAUAUAUGUAAUGGUAACUUAAGGAAGGAGCAGUGGCCGAAUCUUGUUAACGUCUUGAAUAGUCGUUUGGAUAAUAUCGCAGUGGGUAACGGUGCUAGAUCCAAUAAGAAAAAAUCUGCAACAGUAAAUUUAGAACAAGAUGAGACGCCCCAGUACGAAGAUGACUUUCUCACUGCUAAUAGUGUAACAUUUGAAUUUGAAGAAACUCCAACAAGCAACUUGCCUGAGGCAAUUGAUGGGUUAACUCCAAACCCAGAACAACUUGGCAUUUUCUUACGUGGUGUUGCCCAUGUACACAGCUAUCGACAAUUAUGCGAGCUUUUUCAACAUUCAUUAGAAACAGUUAGCAGGUACUUUAAUCAAGUUCUGAAGGCAAUUAUGUCUUUGUCGGAUGAAUUUAUAAGUUUACAUACAGUAGAUGUUGAUUGUCAUCCAUUUAUACGUGCAAAUGAACAAUUUCACCCAUUCUUCAAAAAUACGGUUGGAGCGAUAAAUGGUACACAUAUUCCAACUGUCGUAAGUACUCAUUUACAAAAUCGAUAUUGUAAUCGUAAGGGAUUUACAUCACAGAAUGUAAUGGCUGCAGUGUCAUUUGAUCAACAGUUCGUAUAUGUAGCAUCUGGGUGGGAGGGAUCUGCUGCUGAUAUGCGUGUGCUUAGAUGGGCAGUAGAACAAGGGCAGUUUGAAGUACUACCCCGCAACAAAUAUUUUUUGGUUGAUUCUGGUUAUGCAAAUACUGAUAGACUGAUUGUCCCAUUUCGCGGAUAUCGAUAUCAUUUAGCAGAUUAUCGUGGAAGUACGACAAGGCGAUACGCUGCCGAGCAAGAGUUAUUCAAUCACCGUCAUGCACAGCUACUCAAUGUGGUAGACUAUCGAACUUUUGGGAUUUGUAAGGAACAUUUUCAGAUUUUGACGCACAUGCGAUAG